CUUUUUAACCCAAGGAAAUGGGAGAAUAGGGGGAAAGGAAUCAUAAACCUUGUGUUUAGCAAUCUAAGUUAAAACUCAGUUGCUGCAAACAAAAUGUUUCCUUAGUCUGAAAUAGCCAUUGAAGAAAUCUUACUCCCGUUCAAAAUAUGUUUAGGAUGUAAUUCUAUGUUCAGCUUAUUUGGAAGCAAGUCCCAUUGAACUCAGCUGGGACCUACCUUAAAGGGGCAUCUCUGAAUAGGCAUGUACAGGAUUGUACUGUAUGCAAAGCUAAACUAAAACAAGUCCCAUAGUAUAGAGUUGAGAAUGUUUUGAUAAAAAGUUAUAAAACAACCCAGCAUGGGGUGUCUUGUACAUUAUGUUGUUCUCUGAACAACUUAAAGCUGCCUUUUAAAAUCAGCACAUACCUUUGAGUUGUGCAUGAAUAAACAUGAACAAUUGUGUGAAUACAACAUUGUUCCAUCUCUUCAAAUAACAGAAGGCCUUUGGUACAAGGAGGGAAUAGCAACACUUGAAGGGAAGGAAUUAAUAAUUGUUAACUUAUUCACAUUUCACAUGGCUCUGUGCAGCAUACAAAGAGAACACAAUUUUAUAGCAUGUUUCAAUAAUUUAUAACUCUUUGACGAGGGCUUGAGAAAACACUACCAUGUAAAUACAAAUCACAGGCAUGGUUAAUGGCUUCUUUUUAAAAUGGAUGUUCCUUCAGGUUUACUAUGUAAUUUUUAACUUGUUUUGGAAAAAGGUUACAGGUGGCAAGGUUACUGGAUCCCUUCAUCUUCCAAAAUGGUUGCUGGAAGUAGCUAAAGUAUUUUGUUUCCAAACAUCUAAAACAGUGUAUUUGUGGAAUGUUUAUUGAUGUUUGCCUGGCAGGCUGAAGGAGAAAAUUGCUGAGUAUCUGAAGGAACAUGUGUCCCAAGGUAGAGGAAGAGAUGAAAGUUCAGGCACUUUUUGUUGUGUGGGCAUUGACAAUCCUGUGCUUAGUUUCAUACACUGCAGCAUUCUCCCAUGGGGCCAGUCUUUCGGCAUGUACUGAUAUGAGGCCCAAACAUAUCAGAGCUCACCUUCAGAACCCACAGAAUAACUAUAUUACCAUCCAUACCAAUAUAUCCUUUUUUCCUGGUGACAAGGUUCCAGUCACCGUCAGGAGCUCGCGUGAUUUCAUGGGCUUUAUGCUUCAAGCUCGCAGGGUAUCAAACGAUCAAAUUGCUGGCACUUUUGUUUACAUUCCUCCUGGCUCCAAACUGCUGACUUGUUUUGAAGAUGGCGACACAGUCACCCAUUCAGACAAGUCCCUGAAGAGAAACCUGUCGUUCGUGUGGAAAGCACCUGAUCAGCCCAUUGGAGACAUCAGGUUCUUUUUAUCAGUCGUCCAGUCGUACUUUGUUUAUUGGGCAAGGAUUGAAUCUUCCACUGUGUCUCAACAAACACAAAACAGAACCACAGCUGAAAGUAAUGUAGCCCCCAGUGUAAUAAAGCCAACAUCUCUUCAAAAGUCUACUGAUCUAAAAGGAGCAUUUGCUGCAGGGAAAGAAAGUUCCACUCCUGACACCAUCUUAACUCAGUUUGCAAAAUUUACACAUACUAGUCUGACUCGGAUUGCAGCCACAUUGAUUUUGGAUCCAUCUUACAGCGGACGACAAGUCUCUGAGCCUCCUGACAAUGGAAAUGUUCUGUCUGAAUCCCUUGCAGACUUGGUCACUUCACAUGCCAUCAGUCACAGUAGAGAAAGACAAGCUAAUGGAAGUGGCACAGUUGGUGAUCUCACACUGGAGCCAUCACUUCAGUUCCAGGAUCUCGGCUUCAUAGCACAACAUGAUUCCUCCAGCCACAGCAUGUACAACAGGAGAGAAAAUACUUCAAGCUUUCCCAUAUCACAGCUUUGCUCUACAUGUAAAAAAGGCAUUGAGGGGGUUUCCACAACACCUAACCCAGGCCUUAGCAAGUCUGUGCUACCCGUUACAGCUUCACCGCUGGUCCACUUCCGGGAUCCUCUACGUCUUCCAGGCAUGGGAACAAUACCAGAGCAUUUAGGUAGUGAAGAGGACACGAGUGUCUAUCAAAGUUUAUCAGGAGCUCCAAGGAAGAUGGCAGAGAAACAAGCAGCGACGUGGGAAGUUCCAGCAAACUUCCUGCCCCAGGCUGAACUUACAUCACAUGAGCAGGAGGGAAAGGGCAGAAAGGAUAUCCCUGGGAACACACUCCUGAAGGUAACAAGAGCCACACCCAAAGCUACUAUUUCUGGAGAAGGAGGAGGAAAGCCACACAAGGAGUCCCAGCUUGUAGUAGCUCAGCUGGGUGUUCUCCUUGGAUGCUCUGCUGUCCUCAGCAUGGUGCUGGCUGUUGGUCUACGCUGCAUCCAUUCCCAGUAUUGUCACAAGCGAACGGAAGUGUCCUUUAGUGAGCCAGAAAAUAAUGCCAUGGCACUUCAGGAGAAUGGGGAGAUGAUGCAUUUCAGAAAGAUACGAGAGAACAGCUUUGUUCUGGUACAGGCAGAAUACAACUGGAUCAGCCCAUCAGGCAGUGGCAAAAAAGCUGUUCUCUAGGAUGUCUACUAGCUCAUGGUGGUUGUUCUUCCUGUUAGAUGUCAGUAGCUUCAUCUGUAGGCCUGCAGUAGAAAAUAAUAGCACAGGAAGUGGAGCAGUUGCAUACAACCAUCUAAGCAAACCUAUUUUGUGUAGGCAUGAUUUUGUUGCAAUGCAGAUGUAUCUAGCUACUUUGCAGAUAUUAUGCAGAUGUUCUUACUUUCAGAUAUGAAAAUAUAAAGGUAUGUUUUGUUCAAAGUGUAACUCUUAAUGCAAUUAAUAUUGCAUACCUGCUCAUUAAAUUGGACUACUGUUGCUA